CCUUCCACUGCGCUGACGGGAUCGCUAAGUCCAAAAGACAACUCCACGGAUUUUAACCAUCCAAGCAGCGGGAGCCGACUCCGCACGUCUGAGCAAGGUGUACUGAUCGGAAGACGGGGACGUGAAUCCAGGCUGGAGAUGGGAGAACCACGAGGGAUUUUCUGCUCUGCCCAGGGCUGUGUCAGUGACGUGAUAGUAGAACAGCGCCUGGUAGAGUCAAAGGAGCCUGCAUCCCACGUGCCGCUCACUUGCAGCGCACAGUACUGUGCUUUCCCUGUGGAUGGGAAUGUACUUUGCCUGUGGAACACCAAGGACCCUUAUUACCAGCCUCUGACUCUACGAGGACACCAUGAGCCAAUUACUGCUGUGGCAUUUGGAAAUACAGUGAGUCCACUUCUCAUCUGUUCUGCGUCUCAAGAUUAUGUUAUAAUGUGGAGUCUGGAUGAAUGCAGACGGAAAGUGCUUCAAGGGCUGAGUCCUCGAGGGGUCGUCAUGGGCACCCUUCUGGGACAGGUGCUGUGUUUGAGGUUGAGCCCGGAUGACCGUACAGUUGCUGUAUGUGCUGGAAAUAAAAUAUUGAUGCUGGAUAUUGAGAGCCGGUCUAUACUCACUGAGCUGGAGGGUCACCGGGGCCACGUGACUGCAGCUGAGUUCUGUCCCUGGCAAACACAUAUCAUCAUCUCCGUGUCUGAAGACAGAAGCUUCAAGGUUUGGGAUCAUCAUGUGGGAUCGUUGAUCUACAACUCACCAGUGUUAACAGCCUUCCCUCUCCUGAGUCUCCUCAUUGAUGCCAAGAGCAGACAGCUAGUGACGGGAUGUGCAAACGGCCAGCUUUGGAUCUUCAGUUUGGUUGAGGGACAUCAUUAUCGUUGUGUGACUCGUGUGAGCCUAAAGAAGAAGAGUGAGAGUUUCUCUAGGAGGGUUGAGUCCAGGCUGUGCAGCCUGCCGGAGGAGAGUCAGCGUCCCUGCACACACGGCCUGGAGAAGGGAGACGAGGUCGAAGCAAGCCUCCCCGUCCUGGGGCUGGUGCCCUGUGACCUGUCAGCCAUCAUCAGCGCCCCGUGUGUGUGUGGGCUUUCUUCUGAGACUACCUCAUGCUUGUGGAUUGGAAGCUCAGCUGGCUUAUUCAUAUUUAACUUGGCAAACUUUGAAUUGGAAGCGGCUUUACAUUAUAGGGAUUUCAGGAGCCUCAGCAUUCACUUGGCAGGAUCAUGUGCAGUGAUGAGCAAAGUCAAUGAUGAUAAGGCCAUCUGCUUACUCACAUCCUUGUUUGGCCGGAAGAUCGUCAUGUUGGAGAUCCGUGUUGCUGCUCUGGUGAGGUCUCAGCAGGGUCACGACGCAGGAAGGCAUCUAUCGGUGCUGCCCCGCACCUGUGUUGGGCCCACCUCUCCACUGUGCUUCACAACUGCAAAGGAAAGCAAGAACCCGCCGGCACCUCAGAGGCAGUCUGCCGGGAGGAGCACCGUGAAGGACCAGCCCCUGGUUUUCCACACCAAAGUGAGGUCGUCUGGGUACGCGUCCGCACCGCACGUAACUAUGUUUUCACCAAAGGCCAACACCAGGAAGCGUGGUGACCACUCUUCACGACGUAGGGAUGGUCCCAGGUGUAAGGAAUAUCCUUCGGAGAGUUCUCCACCAACCAAACUCUACAAGCAGCGUGUCCUCGCCCACGGGCCUGCCGCGGCACACUGCGUCCAGUACUCAGGAGAUGGACAGUGGCUCGCCUGCGGUUUAGCCAACCACUUGUUGCUGGUCUUCCGUGCUGACCUUAGUGGGACACCUACUGUCUUUUCAGGUCACGACGGGGCAGUGAGCACUGUGUGCUGGAGCCAUGACAGCAGGUGGCUGCUGUCUGCUUCCCACGACGGGACGCUGCGGCUGUGGUCACUUCGCAGGGCGGAACUCGCGUUGUGUGUGGGCAAAGACGUGUUUUCCAAGCCUGUCCGAUCUGCACAGUUUUAUUAUGUAGACACUUUUGUGUUGUUGUCUUCUGGUCCUGAACUUCAGCUCCUGAAGUAUCACAUUGACACUUACAAGGAUGAGAUCCAACGAUAUAAGCAGAAGAGCAGGUGCAAACGUGUCUUCAGGCUUCCUACGACUGGUAGGACAGAGAUUACCAGUUUAUCAGCCGUCAACGACUUCUAUUCCUAUCUUGUGCUCACGGCCGGCCGGAACAGGACUCUGGAGGUUUUCGACCUCAAUGCAGGUCGCAGUGCAGCCAUGACAGUGGAAGUGCAUUCACGACCUGUCCACCAAAUCUGUCAGAAUAAAGGAUCAUCAUUUAUGACCCAGCAGCACGAGGCUUAUAACCUAUUCGCCACCACCGCCAGUGGGGAUGGCAUAAAGCUGUGGGACUUGAGGACCCUAAGAUGCGAGCGCCGUUUUGAAGGGCAUCCAAACCACGGGUACCCAUGUGGAAUUGCUUUUAGCCCUUGAGGACGCUACGUGGCUUCUGGUGCUGAGGACAGACAUGCCUACAUGUAUGAACUGGGCUCAAGCACGUUUUCUCACAGACUGGCCGGACACACGGACACCGUCACCAGUGUGGCCUUCAGCCCGGCAACCCCCCAGUGCAUUGCUGCGGUCAGGGGGGCCUCAGACUCUCAGACACCCGUCUGUGCCACGGAGGUCCUCACGCGCAUCAACUCUGCUGUGGCCCUGCAGUCCACUGCCAGCGGGCGUUCAGGUGCACAUGUUCUCUGCACGUGUGAUUAUGAUCACUUACCACGAUGCAAGGUCAUGCUGCGAGGACCGCAGCUGGCCUCAGCCGCCCUGGACGGCAGGCUGCAGCUGUUCAUAGCGGACGGCUGACCGCUGGCCGGCGACCACGGCGGGGGGCCCGGCGCCACCAGGACUCACGUCCCUCCCCUCCUCACACUGCUGCUCACGCCCGGCAGUGCCCCCCGCUCCUCCAAGGGUCACCCCUACUGCAAGAAUGGAGUUGGCAUCCGGUACUUCUGCACAGAAUGUGGGCAAGUUAAAACAGAAUGUUCUUCAAUAGCCUGUAACCUAGUGUUUGUUUCAUAACAGACUUUGCAGGUGGGAAGGGGAAUCCACGCUAGGAGGGUGGGUGCUCAGCAGUGGGCAGCACUGCCCCAGGCCUCCUGACGACCUGCCCCGGUUCUGCUCGGUGAACAGGGGGCUCUGCACAAGGUUUGGCUACUGGGCCUUUCCUCUCAGUGGAGGCAGAGUCUGAGGAUCCCCAGGAUCGCACACAAACUCCCCAGCCACGAAUGGCUGUUCUGGAGAUGGACAGCAGGUAUCCGCCCUCCUAGGGCCCAGAGCCAAGUCUUGUCUUUCUGGGGUCCCAGGAGAGUCAGGAUGCUUCUAGAACAGGUCCAGAUGGCCAAUGACCAACAGCACACGAUGCCACAGGACAGAGCCUCGUAGGGCUGGCUGGACCGACCCUGGACCGACCUUGCCCCUCUCCUGCCCACAGAUGUGCUCUCACUCCCCUUCUGAGAAAUAACAGGUGGGCCUCCGGCUCCACAUGGGAAUGUCCACGCAUAGACUAAUCAGAAAUAUACAUGCUUUCCUUGCAAAGUUUUAGCGAGACAACAUUUUGGGAAAAACUCAUUUUUAUUUUUCUAACAUUUGGAGUUAUUUAAUCUAUGUAUAGCAAUUCUACUAUCUCCCUUUGUUAAAAUUAAAUUCUUUUGAAACCAGUUAAAAAUAGGUAAAUGGAGCGUUAAAUGGACAAGUAAACCCAUAGAAUGUUAUUUAGUGUUCUUAAUUCCAGUUACAGCAUUUGAAAUUUUUUUUCAUAUUAUUCUUAAUUCUGGCAAACUACACAUAACAUGAAGAGCACCAUCUGAACCACUUCUAAGGACACAGUUCAGUGGUGUUAGCUGUGUCCACCCUGCUGUGCAGCCGCCACCAGCAUCCAUCACUAGAACCUCCUCAUCUUGCAAAACGGAAGCCACCCCCACUAAGCACCGGGUCCGCUUCCCCACUCGGCCGCACCCUCCUCCUCUCUGUGCCUGGAUUCCCCUGUGGAGUCGUCCUUUUGUGACUGGCUCAUGUCACUGAGCAUAAUGUCCCCAAGGUCUAUCCGUGUCAUAGCAGGUGCCGGGAUCCUCGCCGGGUGAUAGACAUGCUGUUCAUUGUCCAUCCGUCCAUGGCCACUUGGGUUGCUUUCACCUUCGGCCGUUGUGACUGUUGCUGCUGUGAAUGUCAGUGUGCAAGGAUCUGUUCAAGACCAUGCCUUCUGGACUUUUGGGAAAACACCCAGAAGUGAAAUUGCUGGAUAAUGUGAUAGUUCUAUUUUUAAUGUUCUGGGGAAGCUUUGGUGCCAGCAGGUGCACCAGCAUUUUGUCUUUCACAUGCCAGUUCCACGUGUGAUGUUUGUGGUGUUACGUCUUCUUACAUAUCGCCUUCAUUUUUUUAAUAGAGAUUUUCUCUAAAGUAAGUCUUGAUUCCAGUUGCUUCAAAUGUGACUUUGAGAAAAAGAUUUUAAAUGAUUGAAUGUCAAUAAUAAUAGCCAAAUAUUUUAAAGAAAAACUAAUGUGUUAAAAAAAAAAUAAAACCCCAGACAUUAGAAAGCUUUGUCAGGGACAAUGCAGGACAAAGUAAAUUGGAAAAGCUGUUGCUGAGGUGAGAGGCAGGAGGAGUGGGAGUGUGGGGGGCAGAGCCAGGGGGCCACUCGACUGUGGUGCGGGCACUGGGGCCAUGCUAGUCUGACUUGCUGAAGGUGUGGGGCAUCGUGUUAAUGUUUUAUGUGUGUUAUAUAGUGAUUACCAAGCAAUAAGCAAGUGCACG